AUGGAAAAUCCUCAGAAAAAAACGCUUGGUCGAAGGAAGAUUGCGAUGAAGAAAAUCGAGAAGAAAUCCAGUCUUCAAGUUGCCUUUUCCAAGCGCCGCGGCGGCCUUUUCCGCAAAGCCACCGAGCUCUCCAUCCUAUGCGGCGUCGAGAUCGCUAUUCUGGUGAAAUCUCCGGCCGGCAAACUCUACUCGUUCGGCCAUCCCUCCGUCGAUGCUCUCAUCAACCGCGUGGCCCCCUCUCCGGCUGCGAAGAGGAGAUUGCCUUACGGCAACGAUGGUGGUCUGCAACUCCACCAAUUGGAGCAAUUGCUCAACUCCUUGGACAAAAAGGUUGAACAAAAUCCGAACGAUUGCGGCCUUCCAUUGUCAAUUCAUGAUGAACAACCUUCUUCUUCUUCUUCAAAUCUGAUGGCAGCAGAUGAGUUUGUGAUGGAUGCAGCACUUCAACAACUCAUCGCAGCAGAUCAUGACAUUGUGAUCGAUACAGAUAGCUUUUGGGAUGUUGAAGAAGCUCUUGCCUUCUUCAAUUGA